GUUACAAUCGUAGUGGCUAAGUCGCUCUGAUGAGAUUGUUAUGAUUUCUUUUAAAUUCCUUUGUUAAAUUAAGUUGAAGUGUACAAAACGUUAAAUUUAGUGAAAAUACGUUGAGUUUUAUCAAAUUUAUACGAAUCGUUACCGCAGUUUUGCGAAAGUGUAAUUCAGAAGUGUCGGACAUAACCUAACUUAUUGACAACAACAACGAAAUAGAUUUGAAGUUUUAAAAUUUCUGUGAUUAGUGUCUUUCGAGGAAAACAUUUAGUGAAUUUUUCGGAUGCUUAGUGAGUUAUUUGAAGAUUAUGUGCAUAUUUGAUAAAAUCUUGUGACUUUCUUAACUGUUAUUUCACGACCUACUUUCGAUAACUGUUUAAAUAACGUGAAAUCAACUAAAUAAAUUGGUUUUUUUCUCAUAAUCGGAAGUGACAACAGUGAAAAUGGAUAUUCACCCUUAAAAUAUUAUGACUUAAGUAAAGGUAGUGAAAGUGAAUAUUGAUAAAUAUUUUUUUGAAAAUGCGCUGCCACAAGAAAACCAAAGAAAGUGGUUUUUUCGAAGGCGAUUCGUCGGAUACUGAUGGCAUAAACAUGGGGAAAGCUUUAAAAAGGACUAAAGUGUGCACAACAUCUAGUGAAAGGAAAAUCGAGUACACCCAAGAGGAGCUCGAGACCCAUAUCAGGAGAAGUGUAGGAGAUGUUAACCUUUCCGGUUUUGGGAGGGUUGAUAUGUCCCACUUCGAUUUGCUCAAAGUUCUCGGCACUGGAGCUUAUGGUAAAGUGUUCCUAGUGAGAAAACGUGGUGGUUCAGACGACGGCCGUCUGUACGCCAUGAAAGUACUGAAAAAGGCAACGAUAGUCCAAAAGAAAAAAACGACUGAGCACACGAAAACCGAGAGACAAGUCUUAGAGGCCGUCCGAGACAAUCCCUUCCUAGUUACCUUACAUUAUGCCUUCCAGACGGAUGCCAAAUUGCACCUCAUAUUAGAUUACGUAGCUGGUGGCGAACUUUUUACCCACCUAUACCAAAGAGAACACUUUACUGAAGAUGAAGUUCGCAUUUAUAUAGGAGAAAUUAUUUUGGCCUUAGAACAUUUACAUGCGUUGGGCAUCAUCUACAGGGAUAUUAAAUUAGAGAACAUCCUGGUGGACGAAUCGGGUCACAUAGUCCUUACGGACUUCGGACUGAGCAAGGAGCUCCCUAGGGAAGAAGCCGAUCAAAGGGCGUAUUCCUUUUGCGGAACGAUUGAAUACAUGGCGCCAGAGGUGGUCAAGGGUGGCACGCAGGGUCACGAUAUCGCGGUGGAUUGGUGGUCCGUGGGCGUCUUAACCUACGAACUUCUAACUGGCGCGUCGCCGUUUACCGUAGAAGGAGAAAGAAAUACUCAGCAAGAAAUUUCCAGGAGAAUCCUGAAAACAACACCUCCUAUUCCAGAAUCUCUGGGUGUCGAAGUAGCCGAUUUCAUUAGCAAAUUAUUGGUGAAAGAUCCGAGAAAACGACUGGGCGGUGGCGAAGAAGAUGCAAAAGAACUGAAACGGCAUACUUUCUUCAAGAACAUCGACUGGGACAAGCUAGCCAGGAAAGAGAUAGGCGCUCCUUUCAAACCUGUAAUAAGGAACGAGUUGGACGUCUCGAACUUCAGCGAAGAAUUCACAGCGAUGCCUCCGACCGAUUCGCCGGCCGUCGUUCCUCCGAAUUACGACAAGAUCUUCAAAGGAUACUCCUACGUAGCGCCGUCCGUGCUAUUCACCAAAAACGUCAUAUCCGAUGACAUUCUCAAACCGAGCAAACAACACGAGAACAUCAAGAACUUCCGAUUGAGCAACAGUCCAUUUUUCCAAGUCUACGAUAUUAACUUCAACGAGGAGAUACUCGGAGAUGGAACGUUUUCCAUAUGCAGGAAAUGUAUAAAUAGAAAUACGGGGAAAGAGUACGCCGUGAAGAUAGUUAGUAGAGCUAGGGAUUGUACGCAGGAAAUCAACUUGUUGAGGGCGUGCCAAGGAAACCCGAACAUAGUCAGUUUGCAGGACGUCAUUCACGAUGAAAGUCACACUUACCUCGUCAUGGAGUACUUAAAAGGCGGAGAACUGUUCGAUAGGAUAAGGAAAAAGUCUAAAUUUACUGAAGGCGAAGCGUCCAUCAUCAUGAGAAAGUUGGUUUCGGCUGUGAGCUUUAUGCAUUCGCGCGGCGUAGUUCAUCGCGACUUGAAACCUGAGAACCUAGUAUUUACCACCGACGAAGAUGAGGCUGAGAUAAAAAUAAUCGAUUUCGGCUUCGCCAGGUUGAAACAAGAGCAGGAAUCCUUACACACGCCGUGUUUUACCCUUCAGUACGCUGCUCCGGAAGUAUUGAAAGGUGAUGUGGAGGGUUACGAUGAGAACUGUGAUUUGUGGAGCUUGGGCGUGAUUUUGUAUACCAUGCUGUGCGGUAAAGCUCCAUUCCACGCCAGAUCCAGGGAUGAAACCGUCUCGUCCAUCAUGACCAGGAUCAAAGAUGGCGAUUUCAACUUUGACUCACCAAAUUGGCAGGGCGUCAGCACCGAAGCCAAGUUCGUGGUCGAGGGUUUACUGACUGUUGACCCAUCUCAAAGGCUGAGGAUGACAGAUCUCCAAAACGACGCUUGGAUCCAAGGCAGCCAACAUUUCUCUCAAACCCCCCUCAUGACGCCUGACGUACUCGGCAUUACCGCCGAAAAAACUCUGCAAACAACGUUCAACGCGUUCCACCAAGCACAGCGCGAGGGCUUCCGGUUACAGGAUGUGCUCAACGCGAAAUUAGCGCAACGCAGGCGUAUGAAAAAGAGCUCCUCAGACAACAACAGCUCGUCUUCGUCGUCGUUUACCAGCGAGAGUUCCUUAAAAAGUGGAUUCGCGACACCGGGUCGCUCGAAACUUUCGCUUGAACUAAAAAAGCCGGACGAGAGCGGCGCUAAGACUCCCGCGCAGACCAAAGUGUUCGAUUUGGCAGCCGAGAACAGAGUUACCGAGUUUCUGGACACGAUGCACCCUCAUCAAGAUUCCGUGAGUUCGGGCUCGAGAACGUCAGACGCGAUUCGCGAAUCGACCAGUUCUAGCGGAAUCGUAGUGUCCGACAAGAACUCGGUGGACAGUAAAACCGAACGGAAGAAGAGACAGAAGAAGACCUACAUACAAUCGAGGCAGAGCGAAAGGAUAAGAAGAAUUAGGUUAGAAAUUGACGGGGAAGGACCGAUGGAAUUCAUAUGUUUACCCAACAGGACCAGAAAACGGAAGCUGGACGAUUGCGACGAGCAUCCGGACACGCCACAAUCGAAAAUUAGGAAGAAAGUAACCGUAACGAAUAGAAAACGUAAGAAGAUGGUCGUCCAACGGUAGACGUCGUCGUCUUAAAUAGUUAUUAUUAGUUGCAAGUCAUGUAGGUGUUAAUUUGAGGUGCAGACAAUUUUUUUAGCCUCCAGGUUGUUAUACUCUACGUUAGGUAUUUGUCGGUAUUUUAAACAUUUUCAAAAAAAAAAACUUUGAAUCGUUUAAACUAUUUGGCGAUAUCAAAUGUUCGAGAGCAUAUUAUAUAGUUUAUACAGGAUUAUUAGGGAAUUGGGGAAGUAGAGGUUUGUUACCAGAAAAAAUCUAAAUAAUGUGAUAAAAAUGGUAAUUUUGAAGGUAAAAUUCCUGUACUAUACGAUUUUUUCGGUUUAGCUAAGAGUGACCGUCAGUGUUGUUUCUAAGGCAUUGCGUAACGAUUUGGUUCUAUUGAUAAUUCCGACAGGCUGUGAUGAUGGAAUUCUUCCGCAAGGACGACAGCAGCUCUAUACAUCCAAAAUGUGUGCAUUAUUUUUUGAUAAAUGAACAACUCAAACUUGCCAAAAAGAAUUUAUAAAACAGUGCCAACGACUUAACCAAACUUUGACAUUUAAAGGGUUACGAGGAUGGAAUUAUAAGUGUUUUAUCUUUGUCAUCACUACAGCUCAUAUGUUAAUAGGUUAUUCCAAAUAUUCACUUCAUAUCAUUUGUCAAUUUAAUGUUACAAAAUGUCUGUCUAUAUUUAUAAACAUAACUCUGAAUUAUAUAAUUAAUAAUGUCAAUAAGGUGAAGACAUAGAAUAUUGUAGCAGAUAAAACAAUAAAGCCCAGUACUUUGUCAGCAUGUUAAUUUUUUGAAAAGUGAUUUAGGUAAUCAUAAUGUUAAACUAAUAAUAGUGGCUUUUUAAUCUUCAUUUUUUGAAUUGGGUAAAGUUUAACAUGCCAUAAUGAGAAUCAAAAUUUUAAAAUCAUGCAUAGUUUUUGCAGUACAUAUUUUUAUAUUUUUACCACUAACAUUUUUAUGGUACGCCUUUGUACCAUCAACUGUUUUUUGGUACGCAUAUGUACCACUUAGGAAAAAUCCAAAAUAUUCACAAAUUUUUAUAAUUAUUUAAUAAGGAAACAUUCGUUUUGAUCUUGCUAGCAUAUCAUCAGAAAUAACUAAAAAUCGUCCAAAAUACCAUUUUGUCUAUGCGCUAGUUCGGUGUGAUGUCAUUUUGGUUCCACUGACAUUUAAUUCUAAUAAAACUUUUAACAAAAACGUCAAUAAAUUUGACAUAUUCGUUUUUACUGUUUUUAGUUUAUUUCUAAAUAUUUUUUACAGGUCAUAAAAAAUAGUUUAAAGGUAUGUAAUUGGUAACUAAACGAUUGUAUAUUUGAUGCAUGUUAUCUACUUCAGGAAUAUAUUUAUAAAAUUGAAGAGAUAUAAUUUAGGUAAACAAAACAAACAAAACGCACUCAAAAAAUCUACUGUUAAUUGUCAGUGGAACCAUAAUUACAUCAUCACUGAACUAGCGUAUUUCUAUUCACUUUAUUAAAACUUCACUCUGUGGAGACAUCCUUGAUAGUCGAAAAUCAAAGGCUUUAUUCACUUUUUGGUACAAAUGUGUAUCACAUUUUAACAAUUGUUAUAGUAAAUAUUUGAACCUCAGAACGAAAUCUUGUUCAAAAUGGAUGUUAGUGUUGAUAUUUCAGUCAAAUACAGCAGGCAGUGGAUCCAUAAUAACACAUAGUACAUAUAUGUACCAGAAAUCGUUAAAGGGUUGAAUAGGAAUGAUAGAUUAUCCGUUAUCCAAAAUGUGGUUGGUUGUGAAGUAAAUAAACACUUUCAAAAUCAACAUAAAUUUUAUUAAAUCAGAUUGUUGCGGCUAGUUUCGGCCUAACAUGGCCUUCAUCAGGCCUACCAUACAAAAUAUGUAAUGAUUAAAAAAUAAUAAAGCAACAAUAAAAGGUUUUAUUUGUCUCAACAAUCUGAUUUAAUAAAAUGUAUGCUGUGUUAUUUUGAAAGUUUUCCUUAUUUUAGAUAAAACAUUUAAACGAAAAAAACGUUUUUUUAGUCCAACACAUAUACCACGUGACGUUGCUUUCAACCUAUCAUGUCUCUGUUGUACAAACAAACUUCUUUCUAUAUAAACCAUUAUUUUUUGUCAGUUAUAAUCAUUGUCAUAUGGUUGUCAUCAAACUCAAAAUAUCGUCAAUUUGGAACAAGAAAGUCAUAUCUCAAAAAAAUAGAAUUUUCAUUAGUUUCAUUAAAUAAUUUUUGAAUUUUAGGGGAAAAAAUAACUAUAAAUAUAAAAUUAUAAAGUUACUAGUAUUUAUCGUUAAUAUACCUUUUUGAAUUUUUGCUAUUAUUAUUUUUUAUAAAUAAUUACGAGUUGUGUCACUCUUUUCUAUAUUUUUUUCAUGUUUUUUUUUAUAAAUAAAGACGUGUAACAGUUUAUUUUAUGAAAAAUAUACCUUUAAAAAAACCGU